UUUUAGAUUCAUUUAUUGUUCAUUAUCGUCUAACAAUUUUUGAGUGUAGGGUGUUAAAUACGUAUAACUUUUUUUCUGUAUGCAAAAAUACGCAUAGAUAAAUACAAGUCAGUGAUAACUACGAAUUUCUAAAGGAAGACUUAAGUUUUUCAAUCAAUGACGCUCACAACGGAUCAUCGAUCAUCACCGAAACUACACGACUUUUGAUGUGGGUUAGUUCGAAACAUCGAUAAGCUAAGCAAAUAAUAAUAAAAACAAUAACGCAUGAUAAGAGAUUUUGAAUGGAAAAAUAGUGUCCUGAUUAGUUACGAAGAAUAGUCAACCAUAGCACUAAAGCAAACGAACAACGCUCAGAAGACGCAUCUAUAUGCUGGCGAUUGAUUCCUUUUGUUUGUGGGAUCAUACAUACAUACAUGCAUACAAAUAUUGCUGCUUCUGCUGCUGCUGCUGGUAUGGUUUGAGAUAAAUUUUUCCUCACCAAAAAGCAACAACAUAAAACGCCCUCCAAUCCUCAUCGUUGAACUGCAAAUCAACCGCUCUUUUGUACACAUCGAAUAGUAACUAAACUGAUAAACGGCAUCAGCAGUUGGAGAAAAUCGUGUCCAGUAACAUUUGAAAUAUCAGUGAGCAAAGUUCUUUAGCACCCGCCCGCUUAAGCUGCGUAAAACAAAAAGAAAAAAAUACUUACUGGAGGCUAGCGUGAGACAGACAAUUUCUUUGAAAUGAAUGAUGAUCGUUCGCCCAUAGUGGAAAAUGAACAACAUUCGCCCACAACAACAAGGCUGGGACCGCAGGACAAUGAAUUGGAUCCCGAGCUUACAGGUUGCGGUGCAUCGGCAUGUUGCAAUCCCUCUAGAGGAUUCCAUAGGUUCCUUGCAUUAAUUUUUAUGUGUCUUUUGGGAUUUGGUUCAUACUUUUGCUAUGAUAACCCGGGAGCCCUGCAAGAGGUCUUCAAGAAAGAUCUCAAUAUUACCAGCACUGAAUUUGCUUUGAUCUAUUCCAUUUACUCGUGGCCAAAUGUUGUACUCUGCUUUGUGGGUGGCUUUUUAAUCGAUCGCGUGUUCGGCAUACGUUUGGGUACCAUCAUCUACUUAUUCAUACUGCUGAUAGGUCAAUUACUUUUUGCCUCUGGUGGUUUGCUUAAUACAUUCUGGAUUAUGAUUGUGGGACGCUUCAUUUUCGGUAUUGGUGCCGAAUCGUUGGCUGUUGCACAAAACAAUUAUGCCGUUCUGUGGUUCAAAGGCAAAGAGCUAAAUAUGGUAUUUGGCUUGCAGUUGUCUGUGGCACGUUUCGGUAGUACUGUUAAUUUUUGGGUUAUGCAGCCCAUUUACAAUUACGUUCAUACGAUCUACCCCAAACAUAGCACUCUUGGCGUAGUACUGCUGCUGGCAGCUGGAACAUGUGUUUUGUCACUUUUGUGUGCCCUUAUUUUGGGUUGGAUGGAUAAGCGUGCCGAACGCAUAUUGCAACGCAACACAAACCCCUCUGGCGAAAUUGCUAAAUUAAGUGAUGUGGUGACAUUUAAGGUAACCUUCUGGAUGGUGUCAGUCAUAUGUGUGGCUUAUUAUGUGGCCAUUUUCCCUUUUAUUGCUUUGGGCAAAGACUUCUUUAUGAAAAGAUUUGGAAUGAAACCCGACGAAGCUAAUAAUGUUAAUUCCAUUGUUUAUCUCAUUUCGGCAAUUGCUUCGCCCUUAUUUGGUUUUCUAAUCGAUUUAACGGGUCGCAAUGUCUCCUGGAUUUGUGCAGCAACAUGCGCAACAAUUGGAGCUCAUUCUCUAUUGGCAUUUACCUUGCUAAAUCCAUAUAUUGGAAUGAUUCUAAUGGGACUUUCGUAUUCCAUGUUGGCAGCAAGUCUAUGGCCUUUGGUUGCACUCAUUAUUCCUGAAUAUCAGUUGGGAACAGCUUAUGGAUUUUGCCAAUCGGUACAAAAUUUGGGCUUGGCUGUUAUAACCAUCUUAGCAGGUUUAAUUGUUGACAAGAGUGGUGGAGAUCACAUGUGGUUGGAGAUCUUCUUCCUGGGAUGGCUGACAAUUGCCCUAAUUUCUACUUGUGUUAUAUUUGCAUAUGAUCGUAAAACCAAGGGAAAUCUAAACAUGAGUCCUGCUCAGCGUGUGGAAUAUGCAAACAAUAUUGCCGCCGCAAAAUUGUUGGGUUCUGGUGAUGGUGCCAACAGAGAUGAAUAUGCGAGCGACCAGGAACCAUUAUUGAGCAAUUAGAGUGUAACUAACCCGAAAAUCAUAGCAUCUCAUCUCAUUUUAAUAGAAACAUAUCAUCAACAAGCUUUAGAUUCGUUUAUAUAUACAUAAUAUUCUUAACGAUAUUUUAUUUUUUAAUGGUUUUAUUUUUUUUAUCAAUCAUUUCACUCCUUCAUCACCAUUUUUAUCUUGUACACAUUUUGUGGCUAUAUUAAGGCCUGUACAAUCUCAGAAGUACUUUUUUAAAUAUUGUUUUUCUCUGUAUAAUUUUUAUUAUUUUUUUUACCAACCAUUCUGUUUAUUUUGUAUUAACUUUAUAAGUAUUUUAAGAUAUAAACAAAUUACGCGAAUAGUAUAGAAUUGUUGUAAUAUUAUAAUUGAAUCAAAAAAGGCAUCAUUUGUUGAGUACAUGCAGUAUAUACAUAUUUAAAAAAAAAAAAUUUAUUGUGGCUUUAAAUGUUGUACUGAGUUAGCAAAGAACAAUGAUUAGAUACAUUAUACAAAAUUUUAUUAAAACUAAAAAUUGUAAAACUAAUCAAGGGGUAAUUAUGAAUACACUUUUUGUCGUACUACAUUGUGAUUUAUUGAAAUAAUAAAAUUUAUAUAUAUAUAUUAUUUGAAACUU